AUGACUUUGAGGUCUUUCUUUGAGGAUGAAGAGGUGUCUUCUUUACUUGGUGUGGUUCUAAGGGGGAGCCUGGGCAGAGGGAGGAAGAGGUUGAUAGAAAAGAUCAAGAUCUGCAGGAUUGUGGAAAUCAUGGUGAGUUCCGUGGCUGUGUGCGACCUAAGGACUAGCUCGAUGCUGCUUAGGGCCAUAGCAAGGGUUUACGAAGGCAAGGUGAGGAUUUGCCUACUUGAAGUCCGACUGCUUGUAAGGACCUUGAGUGUCACGAAGAAGAGGGAGAAGGGCAAGAGGACGAAGGGAAGAAAUAUGCUUUCGAUGGACACGGAGCACGUUUCAAGCAUAUACGGCUCUGAGUUUGGUGAUUGGCAUUAUAUGGACAGCAUGGGGGCUAGCUGCAGCGAGACUCUUGGGCUUAUGGAUGUGUAUGUUAGGCAGCCAAAAAGACGUUUUAAAGAUAUUACUGACAGGGCAACGGUGCUCGAUAUUUCUAGGAUGAUUGUUUUUAGAGCACCUGAAAACGAAAUUGUGGCCCUGGGUCCUGGGCCUUCGGGGGAGUGCUUUGUGCUUGCCGAGGCCAGAAAGGUAAGGCCUGCCCCUCAAAGCAUCGGGAUUGAGUACAGUGAGAUGUCGACAUUGGGAUCGAUAGAAAGGCCACGUAAUGCUUCUGUGCACACUAGUAGAGAAAGCACCUCAAGCAGUGAUUCUGAUGAGAAGAUAGCAGACUUCUCAUUGGAUGAGAGAUUUGACAAAUACAUUGCGGGAAGUAGGAGGGGAAGGGCAAAGGCAUUCUAUUUCGUACUUGAGAUGUGUUCAAGGGGCGUUUUUGCAGCGGUGCAGAAGCAGGCAUAUGGAGACAUUGUGCUUGUUAAACCUCGGGGCGAUUUUGGGGAAGUAUUUGAUUGA